GGCCGGUAGUCCGGCCUCACUGGUACUUAAUGCACGAACACCACUCUAUCACAGCGAAAUGACCAUCCUUACUCGUUCCAUCUCUACAUGCCUUGCUCGAAAAUCCCAAAUUUCCUCAGCUCGGCUCAGCACAGCGACUCUUGCUCACCCCAAUGCUCCUCUGGACAUACAUCCCGAAGUACAGGAGGCCUUGGCUACAAACAAGCCGGUAGUUGCCCUCGAGACGACCCUCGUCACUCACGGUUUCCCUUAUCCAACCAACUAUAGCCUCGCUUCUGACCUUGAAAAGAUUGUAAGGUCCACAGGUUCCGUCCCUGCCACUAUCGGCAUUAUCGGUGGACGCGUCAAAAUUGGCCUCGAGAGAUCAGAGCUCGAGUGGUUGGCGGACAGGGCGAAUAAUCCCUCGGUUGUCAAAGUUUCACGCAGAGAUAUUGCUCCUACGAUUGGCGCUCAGAUGGACGGAGGAACGACCUGCAGUGCCACACUGAUAUUCGCUGCCCUAGCAGGAAUUAAGGUAUUUGCAACGGGAGGGCUUGGUGGAGUUCAUCGAGGAGGACAAGACUCGAUGGACAUCUCAGCUGAUCUCUUUGAACUUACCCGUUGUCCUGUUGGUCUCGUUUCUUCGGGGAUUAAAUCUAUUCUGGACAUUGGAAGGACUUUGGAAUAUCUCGAAACACUUGGCGUUCCAGUAGUUACGUAUGGGAAAACUCGUGAUUUCCCCUCAUUCUUCACUCGCUUAAGCGGCUUUCAGGUUGGUAAAUUCCUUCUGACGUCCUUACGAGAGGCCUACCUGAUAAUCCAGGUCCCAUGGAAUGUGGACAGUCCUUCGACUGCUGCGAAGCUUCUUCAUACGCAAUGGCAACUUGAUAUGGACAACGGUAUACUCAUAGCAGCCCCCAUACCCGAGGAACAUGAGAAAAUAGGUUCAUCUAUCCAGCAAGCUGUGGAUCAGGCAGUUCGCGAGUCUGAAGAGAAUGGUAUGAGUAAGAGGGGAAAGGAAGUUACGCCGUGGCUUCUUUCGCGAAUCGUCAAGUUGACGAGAGGAGAAUCUUUGAAUUCGAAUGUUGCUCUACUCAAGAAUACGGCUCUGAUAGGCGGUCAGAUUGCGGUCGAGUAUCAGAAAAUACUCUCCGAACCUACUACACCUACAUCCACCCCUGGCGACAAACCACAAAAAGUGUCUUCAAGACACGAGGACUCUUUUGUUCCUGCUCGGUUGGCGGUCGUGGGAUCGUCAGCCAUUGACAUAACGGCCCAGGCAAGCAAGGGCUCAGACCCAAAUCUGGCCACUCACUCUACCGUUCCCGGCAGCGUAGAAAUGACUCUUGGCGGAGUCGCUCGAAACAUCGCCGAGGCGUCGCAUCGUGUAACUCGCGAUUCCAACAGCACGCUCCUUCUUUCUCCUGUGGGAAAUGAUGCCUUUGGCCGACUACUUGAAGAUGAAACGAAAACCAUAGGCAUGAGAUCGGAUGGGUUGGUGAAGUCCAAGCUCAAGACAUCAGUCUGCAACAUGUUCGUAGACGCUGAGGGACAUCUUCUGACUGGCGUCGCAGAUAUGGGAAUCACCGAAGCGUUUGAAGGGACUGCUGUUUUGGAGCAUUUGCAAAAGCACAAACCCGCUAUAGUGGCGUUUGACGGUAAUUUAUCACAUGCAACUAUACAGUCUGUGGCGAAUUUCUGUUAUUCGCAAGGAAUAAAGACUUUUUUUGAACCGACAUCGAUCACGAAAUCGACGAGCAUUUUGCAAUCCAUACAGGGAUUAGUCUCAACGAUGGACCCAACGGUUGCCCCGAUCACAUUCGCGUCACCCAAUCUCCUUGAGCUAGCUCAGAUAUAUCGUGUUGCACGGGAAGAACCUUAUGACUUGAUGUCCCACCCCAUGUGGUGGAAAAUCGCAGAUAACAUGGCAUUAGGGCAACAAUACCGUACGGAUUUGGAACGACUAGCAAGGAAAGCGGUAUCAACAGUUGAUCCAUCGAAGGGAACACUCUCCUUCAUGGUGGAAAAAGGAAUAGCGAGUAUGGCUGUCAAUCUGCUCCCAUUCAUACAACACCUCAUCAUUAAGUGUGGAGAACUGGGAGUGGUUGUCGCCAUGAGGUUAUCCGCUACUGAUUCGUCGAAGGCAUCUGCCUGGAAACAAGAACAUGAUCGCGGCGACAGAUGCAUUGUCGCACAAGGAAAGCCGGGAGAAAUGGUUGUGAUGAAACAUUUCCCGCCAUUACCGGUCGACGAUAUCAUGAAUGUUACUGGUGCGGGGGAUUCGUUUGUGGGGUCGGUUCUGGCGCAUUUACUCCGGAAGCCUUUGUCGGUGGACGAGCCCAAACUCCUUGAAGCAAUCAUCGACACCGCUCAGCAAGCAGCUGUGCUGACACUGAAAAGUCAGCGGGCCGUAUCCCCAGCUUUGUCAGAUCUCCAAAUAUAAGAAUAUUUUAAUUAUUUAUCAGAGAGUUGCCCGACCAUGACGGUCUCACGUAAACGGCGCUGCGUCUCUCUAUCGUAAAUUUUCCGCGCCUUCUUGGCCUCUUUCAUUCGCUGCAUAUGCAGGCCCUGAAAAGACAGCGAGUGAUAAUGUCAGCUGCUUGGCCUUUCGUCAUUUUUGAAAUCAAUGAAGCCCUGGAAUCAGCAACAUCCAAGCCAAUAUCUUGUGCAGAAAGGUUAUAUCGCUUGGCCACGAUAAUCUUCUGGCUGUCAGUGGCAGGAGUUUUUCUCCAAUGAGCAUUUCUCAAGAGUCUGGAUUUACGAGAAGAUGAGCGAGAAAACAGAAAAUCGUGACACGA